GUAAAAUGUUGGGCUAGCCGAUCUUAGGUUUCUCUCUGUCCUAAUGAUCCUAAACUUGCCGGACGAUAAUUGCUCUUUGAGUCCGAUUACUUCGAUUACCAUUCCAAGAUAUUGUGUAUGUGGCACGUGCACUGGAUGGAUCGGCAAUAGCCAUCAAUGUAGCUAAGAUAAUUUUAAUCAUUUUUCGAAGGUAUAUACGAUAUACGUACAGUGUCAGCGUUCAUUGUCUAUGUCUAGGUUGUCGACAAGAUCACGAACCCCACGAAUGCUUAUCAAUGAAAUAUUAAAUACCGCACGUAUAGAUUUCAUCAGGCAUUUUUAGACAUCUUGUCAUCCUGUGUAUUCGUGACAGAUGUGUAUAUUGAAGUAGGAUUCAUAAUGAAGGGACUCAUAUUUUUUUACAUACUCUCAUUAUGCUCCAGUCAACUUGGAGCCGACAAGAAGAUCAACAAAUACGUAACAACUUUAAUAAAUGCCAAAUGGAAGGAAACACCUCUUGUUCUCGAGGCAGCUGAAUAUCUUAGCGAUGAGAAUCCAAAUUACUUUUGGAAAUUUGUUGAAUCAUAUUCCAAAAUAACUAAAUAUUCUACACCACGUACACAGCAGGACAAUUAUAACAUAAUUUUGCAGUUGGCUCAAAAUUAUCUGUCUCAAUCUGAGAUAGCAGUUUUUAAGUUAGCAAUGUCUUUACGUAUUUAUUCUGCACGUGUGGAAAUGUUCUUUCAAAUGGCUGUGAAUAAAAAUGUUUCUUCGUAUGGAUUGUGCGACAAUUUUGUUAACAUUGGUGAAACAUUUACUUGUUCUCUAGAAGAUAUAGAUAGGUUGCUUGAACAGGAUACAUGGGAAACUGUAGAUACUUAUGAUGUAGAUCAUAAAUAUUUAAGUACUCCGGAAUCUGAUAAAAUAAUGAUAUUGUAUGGUCAGGUUGGGACAUCUACGUUUAUUGAUUUUCAUGAGAAGCUAAAAAAUAUAGCAGAAACAAAAGGAAUCAAUUACAUUCUUCGUCAUUUUAUUAAGGAUUAUAAUGAGAGGGAGGAUAUGAAAUUGCGUUUAUCAGGCUAUGGUGUAGAGUUGCAAAUGAAAUCUACAGAGUACAAAGCAACUGAUGAUUCUGAUAUUAAAGACAACACAGGAAAAAGCUCCGAAAUGGCAAACGAUGGCAUGGAAGAAAUUGAAGGGAUCAACUUUAUGAUUUUAAAGAAAUUAUAUCCAGAUCAUCAAGCCGAAUUGGAUAAAAUACAGACAUAUUUACUAGAAACUAGUCAUGAAAUCGGUGCUUUUAAAGUAUGGCAGUUUCAAGAACUAAGUCAUCAGGCAGCUGAAAGAAUAAUGAAGUCUCCUUCUGCAGAAGCACUAAACAUCUUGACUGAUAUAUCGCAAAAUUUUCCUAUGCAAGCAAAAUCACUAAUCAGAACUAAAGUAAAUAUUGAUAUGAAGAAGGAAAUGAAAUUGAAUCAAGAAAUAUUUAUGGCAAGUCUAAAUAUACAGCCAACUGAUACAGCGCUUUUCAUCAAUGGCUUAUAUUUUGACCUGGAAGCUAUUGAUAUUUUAACCCUUUUAGAAUCUUUAAGGAAUGAAUUACGAGUGAUGGAAGCUCUUCAUAAAAUUGGUUUUAGUAAUAAAAAAAUGAGUAAAUUAUUAGCUUUGGAUUUAUCUGGAGGUACAGAUAAUCAAAAUUUUGCAAUGGACAUAAGAGAUUCCGCAAUUAAUUGGAUCAACGAUAUCGAAAAUGAUCCACGCUAUAGUAAUUGGUCACCGUCGUUAACCGAAUUAUUACGGCCAACAUUUCCUGGCAUGCUCAGAAAUAUUAGAAGAAAUUUAUAUAAUCUAGUAUUAAUUAUCGAUCCUUUAAGUGACGAUUCCAUGCCACUUAUUGCUCUGGCACAAUCUCUCUAUGCGCAUUCUGCACCAUUGAGGGUAGGAUUUGUCUUUGUGACAAAUUAUAAUACAUCUGUAACAGGUUUAAUGGAUGCCAGUGUCGCAGUUAACAAUGCAUAUCACUAUUUUGCAGACACUAGAAGUCCAAAAGAGGCUUUACAUUUCUUGUCAGAGUUGGGAAAUUACAUCGGGCAUUCUGGUGCCGACGUGGAUGAUAUAAAAAAAGUUAUUAGAUCCAGAGACUCAUCCGCUAGUAUACCUUACAUUCUUGGUGAGGAGUCAGAAUAUGAUGUAGGACGGCAUCUAGCCAGCGACUUUAUAAAACGAUGUGGUUUCAAGAAGUUCCCACAAGCUUUGUUAAACGGUGUACCUUUGACACCUAAUCAGAUCAAUUCUGAAUCGUAUGAGGAAGCAGUGUUAUCUACUAUUAUGUUGCAAACUCCUAUAUUACAAAAAGCAGUGUAUCGAGGUGAAGUAACAGAAGGAGACGACGUCGUUGAUUUCCUCAUGAACCAACCAAACGUUAUGCCACGAUUGAACGAACGUAUUUUAAAAGUGGAUAAGAAUGCAUGGUUAAAUUUAAUCGGUACAGUUCCUGAAGAUGAUGAUUAUACUAAAUGGGCUUCUCAAAAUCUAUCGACUUAUUUAAUGAAGAAAAUGAAUUACUUGUUCGUACCGCGUCGCAAUAUGCGUCAUUUAUAUUCCUUCUGGGUUGUAGCUGAUUUGAAAUCAUUAUCUGGCAGACAAUUACUACGAGAGGCUCUUGAAUAUGUAGAAUCAAAUACUGAUGCGCGAAUUAGUAUUAUUAUUAAUGCUGAAGAUGACUCGAAUUUAAAGUCUGAUAUUAACAAAAUUGUGCUUGCUGCAAUAAGUGCAUUAUCACCGGAAAAGGCUAUACUUUACAUGCGUAAAAUCCUCAAAGAAGACACCGUAGCUCUCAUUGCUAAUGAUAACUUUGAGAUUGAGGUAAGAUAUACGUCUAUAAGUGAUAUAUAUGAAUCUGUGGCAGCAAUCUUAGAGAAUCAAAAUUCGAUAUUAUCAUUGCAUCAACAUUACAUUAAAGCCGUUUUAAACAUGGAAUUGGGAACAAGAGCAGUUUUGUGCAAUGGCCGUGUUAUUGGCCCUUUGGAUGAUAAUGAAGAAUUUACAAAUGACGACUUCUCUUUAUUAGAAAGAUUCAGCCAAAGCAACUAUGGCGAGAAAUUAUUUAUGAAAUUGAUAAAGGAUCAAAUCUUCAAUGAAGAUGAAUAUGAAGAAAAUAAUAUUACGGAUGAUAUGAUUAUGAAGAUCACUUCACUCUUAGUGCCACGUCCACAAACUCGAAGUCGAUAUGAUGUUCCUUUCCAUGGAGAUGAUCACAGCGUUAUAAAAAUUCCAGCAGCUAAUCCCGAUGAAGUUGCCUUUAACUUUAUUGCCAUUGUAGAUCCAGUUUCACGUGGUGCUCAAAAAUUGGGCCCAAUAUUGAAAACACUACAACAAGCCUUAAAUUGCAAUAUAAAAGUAUUUUUGAAUUGCGUAGACAAGAAUAGCGAUAUGCCGUUGAAAAGCUUUUAUCGAUUUGUGCUCGAACCCGAGUUGCAAUUUACAACAGAAGGAGAUAUUAGUGGUCCUAUCGCAAAAUUUACAAAACUUCCAACUUCAUCUUUAUUAACACAAUACAUUCAUGCACCUGAGAACUGGCUUGUUGAAGUAGUUCGCAGUGUUUAUGAUUUAGAUAACAUUAAACUUGAUAAUGUUGCAAUAGGCGUACACAGUGAAUUCGAAUUAGAAUACUUGCUGCUCGAAGGUCACUGUUUUGAAGCAGUAAUGGGAAAUCCACCAAGAGGCCUUCAAUUCACAUUAGGCACUGAGAAACAAUCUGUGAUGGUUGAUACUAUAGUAAUGGCCAAUCUAGGAUACUUCCAACUUAAAGCAAAUCCUGGCGAAUGGGUGUUGCGACUUCGGCAAGGACGGUCCGCAGAAAUAUACGACUUUACUACUAUUGAUGGACAGAACGUUAUACAAAAUGGUAACGAUGUGAAAGUCCUUAUAAGUUCUCUGAGAAGUCACGUGUUGAAAGUGAAGGUUUCCAAAAAGCCAGACAAAGCGGGGGUAGAUCUUUUAUCGGACAACGAGAAAGAUUCUGGAUUAUGGAACUCCAUUUCUAGGACGUUUACAGCGACAGACGAAAAUGAAGAUAAAGAUGAGAAAUUAAAUAUCUUCUCUCUUGCCUCUGGGCAUUUAUAUGAAAGAUUUUUGAAGAUCAUGAUGCUAAGUGUUAUUAAACACACUAAAACACCAGUCAAAUUCUGGUUUUUAAAAAAUUAUCUUUCACCAACACUGAAGGAUUUUUUACCUCAUAUGGCUAAGGAAUAUGGCUUUGAGUAUGAACUUGUUCAAUACAAGUGGCCUCGUUGGCUUCAUCAACAAACUGAAAAACAGAGGACUAUUUGGGGAUAUAAAAUUUUGUUCCUCGACGUACUGUUCCCGCUGAACGUUAAGAAAAUAAUAUUUGUUGAUGCUGAUCAGGUAGUAAGAGCAGAUUUGAAGGAAUUAGCAAUUUUGGAUCUUGGCGGUGCACCUUAUGCGUAUACGCCAUUCUGUGACAGCAGAACCGAAAUGGAUGGUUUCAGAUUUUGGAAGCAAGGAUAUUGGAGAAAUCACUUGCAGGGUCGUGCUUACCACAUUAGCGCGCUAUAUGUGGUUGAUCUCAAACGAUUCCGUCGUAUUGCUGCCGGAGAUAGGCUGCGUGGCCAGUAUCAGGCAUUAAGUCAAGAUCCAAAUAGCUUAUCAAACCUUGAUCAAGAUCUCCCUAACAAUAUGAUCCAUCAAGUGGCCAUCAAGACACUACCACAAGAAUGGUUAUGGUGUGAAACUUGGUGCGACGAUGCAUCCAAGAAAUAUGCCAAAACUAUAGAUUUAUGUAAUAACCCGAUGACUAAGGAAGCGAAAUUACAAGCAGCCAUGCGUAUCUUGCCGGAAUGGGUGGGUUACGACGAAGAAAUUAAAGUUCUGCAACAAAAGAUAGAGAAUGCAAACAGACAGACAUGGAGAGACAACGGUAUAUUUCUCGCAAUUGCUCGCGCACCCGCGUCGUUCGCACUCCUCCUCGGCGAUCUGCCUGGAAUUCACGACAUGGAUAACAGCGGAGAUAAAUCCGCCGACGUAGAAAUUCUCCCUGUAGUCGUCGAACAAAACAACAUAGCCAAUGAAUUUAAAGAUAAGGCGAUUUAUGGCUAUGGAACGAGCAUUCCCCCGAAUAACAAUGAGGACGAGGAAAAUGAGAUGUCACCACGGAAGGUCAUCUUCUGCGUUCAUGGAAAAUUGUCAGGUUGUUGUACGGUUGUGAAAAGCUCCGGCGACGAAAAUACAACUACGGACUAUCAACAAAAUCCAUUAUCUCCAGAAGAUCAUUGUCACAGGGAGAGGAAUGAAGAGAUCGACAAAAAAGCCCGAAAGAAGUUGUUGAUCGCCAGUGCGCUCUGCGUUAUUUUUAUGAUAGCAGAAAUCGUCGGCGGAGUAUUAUCGAAUAGUUUGGCUAUAGCAACUGAUGCCGCACAUUUGUUGACUGACUUUGCGUCUUUUAUGAUAUCUCUUUUUUCCAUUUGGGUCGCCAGCAGACCAGCCACUAGAAAAAUGCCUUUUGGUUGGUAUCGAGCGGAGGUUAUCGGGGCAUUGACUUCGGUUUUAUUGAUAUGGGUAGUUACCGGCAUUUUAUUCUACCUCGCGAUAGAAAGAAUUGUCCAUAAAGACUUCGAACUGGAUGCAACGGUGAUGUUGAUCACGUCUGCAGUUGGUGUUGCGGUAAAUCUAGUAAUGGGCCUGUCGUUGCAUCAGCAUGGCCACAGUCACGGCGGACACAGUCACGGUGGGCACAAUCACGAUGAUGAGGAAAAUGGGCAUGAUCAUGAUCUUAAAGACGAGCAAUCAAAAAAGAAUAUCAAUGUGCGCGCCGCAUUCAUUCACGUUUUGGGUGAUUUUAUUCAGAGCGUGGGAGUAUUCGUCGCCGCAUUAGUCAUUUAUUUUAAGCCAAGUUGGAGCUUAGUGGAUCCAAUAUGUACAUUCCUCUUCUCCAUAUUAGUUAUUUUCACUACAGUGGCGAUUAUUAAAGAUGUAAUUAAUGUCUUGAUGGAAGGUAUUCCUAAGGGUUUUGACUAUUCGCAUGUGGAGAACACCUUUAUGCAAAUAGAUGGAGUCGUUAAGGUGCACAAUCUUAGAAUCUGGGCGCUUUCACUCGAUAAGACUGCUCUGUCAGCGCAUCUUGCUAUAAAACCUGGAUCAAGUCCCCAGAACAUUUUAUGCACCGCUACGCGGAAUAUCCACGACAAAUACCAAUUCUUUGAGAUGACGUUGCAAAUAGAGGAAUUCAAUGAACGAAUGGAGAACUGCAAACAGUGCAAAGCGCUAUCAUAAUAAGACAGUUACUGUUAUCGUACUUAUGUGUCCUAUAGUCACAAAAUAAGGGACGCAAUGUGCAACGAAGAUAAUUUUAGAUCGUUAUCAUCACAAUCAUAUUCAUCACAAAUGAAGCCGUAAAGAUUGCUUUAUUCACGAAAGCAGCAUACAUGCAUCACAUUGAACUGUUGUUAUACAUUUUCUUUUUUCCUUUCUUUUUUUUAACCAGCUCAUAUAGAUACAUACGAGCAAUCAAUGUCACUCGUACAACGCGCGACGUGUUUAUUAUGAAUAGUUUGUGUGUUAUUCCUUUAUGAGCUGAUAAAUUAUAAUUAGUUUCACAAAUAAACCAAGAUAUAUCAUCGAUUGUUUCAGUUACGAUAAGUAUUGUAAAUGUUUCUCACGUUGAUUUUCAUACUAAUAGAUGGAUAUGUUAAUCUUUCAAGUUAAAAAUUGUAAAAAUAAUUAAUAUUUAUUUUUAAGAGUGACUGUAAAUGCUUCAGUAAAAGCAUCGACGAGAUAUUAUUAAAGAUGACCGGCUAAAGACUUUUCGUAUCCAUGAAAGGACCCAAGGAGAGCUUGCCCAUAAUUAUAGAGCAUUGACAUCAUCAACUGUUUUGGCUGAGGAUAAUAAACAUGAUCUUUAUAAGGACAGGUUUAAUGUUAUCCUCCCCAAACAAGACAUAUAUUCAAAAACGAGACAUGAGACAUCUUAAAAACAUUUUUUUAAAAAGACGUCUUAAGUCUACCCGUACAGCAUACUUUAUCUCAGAGAUGUUCCUGCUAACGUUCUCAGAAUAUUGGGGCAUUUUCAAGAUAUUCUU